CCACCAGCCAGGGGAUAAGGGAGGAUUCUCAGCUGGCCACUUCCACCCGCUAGGCAGCUGAGCACUGGGCCCACUUAGCUUGGGUGCGCACAAAGGAGGGCUGGGUGUCAGGACUAAGUACCGGCUUUCCGGGGGGCGGCAGUGACCCUUCCACGCUUCUCCUUGUACUGCUCAGUUGGGAAGCAGCGCUGGGGCAGGGAAGCCCUUCCAGCCCCUGCCUACCCCUCUCCUUCCCCCUUCCUGCAGCUCUCUCCUUCUUCUCGCCUGCUGCUGUCGGCCCCGCCGCGCCUAUCGCCUUUCCCCCCCCUCGGCGGGGUCUGUCAGGCCUGGGUCGCCCCCCCCCCCUUCGCUUGCUGUGGGCAGCAGCAGCGGCAGGGUUAACGCUGAGGAAUGCAGCGGCGAGGAAUGUGCAUGCAGAUGAGAUGGAUGUUAAUCUCAUGCUAAUGAGCAGCGGCGGCGACUGCUGCCCGGGGCUGAGCCGGGCUCCCCGUUCUGAACCCAGACAGUGGCUGGGCUCAGCCCGGAACCCUGCCCUGGUGCUGCUGGAGCAGGCGGCGGCAGCCUAGACAUGGUGGAUUGAACCCGAGCAGGGGAGGAGGGUUUCCUGAGUGAUUGCAAGAGACUCUCUGCUUCCCCCCGCCCCAGGCCCAGCUCCGGAUCCCCCCUCCCCGUCCCCCGGCUCUACUGGGGGCUUUUCCCGCUUCCCUUCUUUCUUCCUGGCCCUAUGGAGCAGCUACCCCCGGCGCCCGACCAUGCCUAGGAAAGCCGGGAAUGGGCAGCUCCCCUUACCCGAUGGCUGGGAGGAGGCGAGGGAUUACGACGGCAAAGUCUUCUACAUUGACCACAACAACAAGCAGACCAGCUGGAUCGACCCCCGGGACAGGUUAACAAAGCCUUUGUCAUUCGCGGAUUGUGUUGGUGAUGAACUACCAUGGGGAUGGGAAGCUGCAUAUGAUCCUCAGAUUGGUGUCUACUAUAUCGAUCACAUAAACAAAACCACACAGAUAGAAGAUCCCCGAAAACAAUGGAGGCAAGAACAAGAGCGAAUGCUAAAAGACUAUCUCAUGGUAGCGCAGGAUGCUCUCAGUACCCAGAAGGAGCUGUACCAGGUGAAAGAACAGAGACUAGCACUCGCCCUGGAUGAGUAUGUACGUCUGAAUGAUGCCUACAAAGAAAAAUCAAGCUCUCGUACCAGCUUAUUCUCAGGCUCCUCAUCCAGCACAAAAUAUGACCCUGACAUUCUGAAGGCGGAAAUCUCCACUACAAGAUUAAGGGUUAAGAAGUUGAAGAGGGAACUCUUUCAUAUGAAGCAAGAACUGCUCUAUAAAGAACAGGGCUUUGAAACACUGCAACAAAUUGAUCAAAAAAUGUCUGGCGGUCAGAGUGGGUAUGAACUGAGUGAAGCCAAAGCCAUUCUGAGCGAGCUGAAGUCUAUCAGAAAGGCCAUAAGCUCAGGAGAAAGAGAAAAACAAGAUUUAAUACAGAGCCUUGCAAAGUUGAGAGGGCGAUUUCACGUUGACCAGACCGUUGGGAGAUCUGAACCAGAUUUGAGGUCCAGCUCUGUAAACUCUCAGUUGUCUCUUUCUAGACAGACUCUGGAUGCAGGGUCUCAGACAGACAUUUCUGGCGAUAUUGGAGUGAAAAGUAGAUCAAAUUUAGCUGAAAAAGUCAGACUAAGUCUUCAAUAUGAAGAGGCAAAAAGAAGCAUGGCAAACUUAAAGAUUGAACUAUCUAAAUUAGAUAGUGAGACCUGGCCUGGGGCACUGGAUAUUGAGAAGGAAAAACUGAUGCUGAUCAAUGAAAAGGAAGAGCUUUUAAAAGAACUCCAAUUUGUCACACCACGCAAACGCACUCAAGAUGAGCUAGAGCACCUGGAAGCAGAAAGAAAGAGGCUGGAAGAAGAGCUGCUGUCUGUGAAAAGCACUCCUAGUCAAGCACUUGCUGAGAGGUUGAAAUUGGAAGAGAGAAGAAAAGAGUUGGUUCAGAAACUUGAAGAAACUACAAAGUUAACUACUUAUUUGCAUUCGCAGCUUAAAAGUCUCUCCGCCAGUACGUUAUCUGUGUCUUCAGGGAGCAGCCUAGGAUCCCUGGCAUCCAGUCGGGGGUCUCUGAACACAUCCAGCAGGGGGUCACUAAACUCCCUCAGCUCCACGGAUCUCUAUUAUAACCAAGGCGAUCAAAUAACAGACUUGGACUAUCAGUAUAAACUUGACUUCAUAUUGCAAGAAAAGAGUGGUUACAUUCCUUCUGGGCCGAUCACUACCAUUCAUGAAAAUGAGGUGGUCAAUUCCCAUGGGAGACUGGAUUACAGUGACUCUUCUGGAUCUUUUGCAGCAGGCCACGCUCCAAAAUUGACUGAGCCACCCAAAUCUGUGACAUCACUGUCUUCAAGAUCCUCCCUUUCUUCCUUGUCCCCGCCAGGGUCUCCUUUGGUUUUGGAAGGUGCAUUUUCAGUGUCUGCCCAAGGUUCCCCCCUGCACCACCUCAUCACAGACUUCGAAGACUGUGAAUUGCCUGGUGAUUUUGCAGGCAUUAGUCUCUGUGAGAACCAAAUGUCAUUGGACUCUGAAGCCAGAGCAACAUCACAAGCUCUUACAGAUGAUAAAGAUCUCAAUGAAAGUGUUAGGCAGCCUUUGUCAUCUUUACGUGAAGGAAAUGCAGGUGUCGACUUACCAAGAAGAGCAGUAAGUCAGCUGCUUGAGGAGAAAGCAACUUGUGUAUCUGCUGCAGUGUCUGAUGAGUCUGUGGCUGGAGACAGUGGUGUAUAUGAAGCUUCUGUAAAACAACCAAAUGAAACUGAAGAUGCUGUAUAUAGUGAAGAUGACACGACAAUUCUAGAGGCUGCCCAGGUGCAAAUAGGACUUAGAUAUGACCAAAGCAGUUCAAGUUUUGUGGUAAUUGUAAUGCAGCUCAGAAAUCUUCAUGCCUUCUCUGUCCCCUUUGGUUCCAGAGUGUAUUUUAGGGUAGCAGUACUUCCAUCCUCAGUUGACAUCAGCUGUCUGUUCCGCACUAAAGUCCAUCCUGCUAUGGAAACCAUUUUAUUCAAUGAAAUAUUCAGAGUAGCCAUUUCCCAAGAAGCUUUGCAGCAGAAGACAUUACAUGUAGAUGUUUGUUCUGUCAGUAAAACUCGACGGGAAGAAUGCCUGGCUGGAACUCAGCUCAGCCUUGCAGAUUUAUCAUUUUCUAAUGAGACCUAUACUCUGUGGUAUAAUCUGCUGCCCUGCAAGCAAAUUCCUGGCAAAAAGAACAAGGAACAAAAUGAGGAAUCGGUGUUUCUGCCUUACAAGCAAUUGUCAGGCUCGUUGGACUUGGAUGCUGUCUCGGCUCUGCUGGAGAGGACAUCUGCUGAGCUGGAAGCGGUAGAGCAAGAGCUGGCGGAGGAGGAGGAGGAGGAGGAGGAGGGGCAGGAGAACAGGGGUGCUGAUGAAGACUGGUUAGAAAUGCUAGCAGAGGCGUCUGAUGAAAUUGUGGAUGAAAAGGAGGAUGGAGUUAAAUUGGCAGAGGAAGGCGGAUAUACAGAUAACUUGAGAUUAUGCAACGAUACAGCAAAGACAGAUGAAAACAAGGGUGGGAAAGAAAGUGACCACGCUGAUGCCCCUGGCAAUCAGUUAGCUGCUGUAGUCCCAACACUGGUUGAUAAAGAGACUAAUACCGAGGAAGCAGUUAAUGAGAAUAUGGCAGUCCGACCCAAGGACAGAGCCAGCUUGAGCUCUAGACAGCGUCCCUUUGUCAGGAACAGCAUGCUAGUGCGCUCGCAAACCUUCUCUCCAGGAGAGCGGAACCAGUACAUCUGUAGGCUGAAUCGAAGUGACAGUGACAGCUCAACACUGGCCAAAAAGUCUCUCUUUGUGAGAAAUGCCACAGAACGACGGAGCUUGAGAGUUAAAAGGCCUGCAUGCCAGUCGAUCAUGCGAAGAGCUACGCAAGAGCACCCUGUACGCACUUCUCUUGACUUGGAGCUGGACCUCCAGGCAUCUCGGACGCGACAGAAUCGGCUGAACGAUGAACUUCAGGCACUGCGCGAUCUUAAACAGAAGCUUGAGGAGAUGAAAGCCAGAGGAGAGACUGACCUUCCCCAGUGUGUGUUGGAGGAUGAGCGAUUCCAAAAGCUCUUGAAACAAGCUGAAAAGCAGGCUGAACAAUCAAAGGAGGAACAGAAACAGGGUUUAAGUGCUGAAAAAUUGAUGAGAAAAGCUUCCAAGGAUGUAUGUCGGUUACGGGAACAGAGCCAGAAAGUGCCACUGCAAGUGCAGUCGUUCAGGGAGAAGAUAGCUUACUUCACAAGAGCAAAGAUCAACAUACCAUCCCUACCAGCAGAUGAUGUAUAAUUACAUUUUUCAUUGAAGUAUUUUUCCACUUGCUCAUCUUUUUUAGAUGAACGUUUUGUAGUUGUAGCCUCCUGCUUUUAAAGAUCUUCUAUUUUACAUCCAACUAUAAAGAUGUUCAUUUGUAAAAUACAGCGAACUGAGUUCUUGUAUGUUAAAAGGCGCAGAAAAACAAACAAACCACAACUACCAGAAAACCAAAGUAGAACAAUUCUGGUACACCGAUGCUAAUUUUGUACAGUUUGUAUGUAUCGCAUGUGUGCUCUUAUUUUGUAAAGAUGGAACAAAGGAAAGUGUGUAUCCUGUUGAACCGCACUGUGUUGAGAAAUAUUACGUUCAACAGAAGAUUGUUUAUCUUUUCACUAUUUUCACGUGAGCAGACUGUGAAGAUGGCUGUUAUGCCAUGCAAUAUUUUUGUACAAGUGUGACUUUUAUAGUUUGAAAUUAACCAUGAAUGCAAGCUCCUUUCCAAAACAGCAAGGCUGCCUCGUAACAGGUGCUGUUUAGAUUUCCGUCACCUACAUUGGGAUUUUUGUUUCUGAAAACGAUUUCGUGAUUGUCCUUUUUAUUUCUAUGAAGAAAGAACAUGGAAUACUGAGUGCAGGAAUAUCAUUUUGUGAAUGUACAGUACUUUGGGCUGCACUGUACAGUACUUUGCAUCUGCAAGGUGGGGUGGGGGAAGGGAAGGGUAGACCAGUAACCCUAAAACCUCUUAUAGUGAAACUACCAAAAGGGCAGCUGCUUUCUGAAACUGAAGCUGAAUCAAAUUCACAUCAAGGUGUUUAUAUAUGAGUAGUCAUACCACUGCGCUGUAAAAUCUUACAUUUAAAUGUAACCUUUUGACCUAAAUGUUUUUUACAUACUGCUUGUUGACAAAAGUAAACAAGAUCAGGUUCAUGAAAAAUUAAAUCUGUGCUGUUGUCAGAAGAGGAAAAACUACCCAUCAAAUUCAUAAUGACUCCACUGACUCAAGUACCAGAAGUAUUGUUGGUAUAGAAAUCCAUACCGGAAAAGUCUGUGACCUAGAAAACCAAAUAUUUCAGUAGGAUUUGUACUACAGUUCUCAUUAUUUUUUUUAAAGUAAAUAAAACACAAGCUGUUUUUCAGAAUAAUGAUGGUUCAAGUUGAACAAGCUUAAGGAGUAAAUGUGAACAAGAUGUCUAUCAAAAUAGAAUUUUAGCUUAUCUGACCAGACUUUUUUGUUACAAAAUGUGGGUGUGCUUGUCAUAGUCCCUGGGGAAGCAUGCUACUGCAUCAGAUGUGGAAUAAAGCAUCUACAACACACUGUUUGGUAAAACAAAACUUUGUGGUUGAUCUUAUCGCCAAAACGAUGUAACUAAACUUGUAUCUACAGUACAUAAUCUCUGAAGAUUUUUGAAAAAAAUGUUAAAUUCAAAGUUGUUGUUGUUUUUUAAUUCUGUGGAUAGAAUCUUUGUCUUUAACCUACAGAUUAUAUUGACAAGCCACCUAUACAUAGUACUUCACUUUUCCAGAAAGUAAUUAGUCUUGUUGAAAGAUGAAGAGAACAUAGCUACAAUAUGUUUGCAAAUGACUUCUAAGUUCAAGGUAAGAAAAUUCUGUGCCUAGAAUCUUUUGUUAAACACAUCAAGGAUUUUCUUGUGCUACACAAAUACAUUUAUUAUUUCAAAUCCUUUAAAUGUAUAACUGGAUGCCACACAGUUUUGAACAAGUGCCAGUCAGGCCAACUGACUGAGCAUAAUUCUUCAUGGAUAUCCAUUUAUUGCUGUUCUCUCUUUCUUUUUUUUUUUUUUUUUUUUUUUAAGACUU